UUGGUCAUUCGCUUCCAACCACCCUCUCCCGCUCCCGCCACGCGCAUCGUCCUCGCCGAAAAGCCAGUCUCGCCCAGCGAUACUUGCAUCUGCACGCUCAACAUGGCGCCCAAGAAAGCACAGAAGAUGAGCCUGAACGCGUUCUUGGAAGACAGCACCCUGGGAUCAUGGGCGGACGAAAUGGACGCCCUCCCGACCGCUCCGGCUAGGUCGGAUGAGAUGGGUGGCCUUUCACGCGCCCCCGAUCGCAUGAGGAGGGAUGAUUACAUGUCUUCGCGCUCCGAUCGCGGUCCUCCUCGCGAAGAUCUCCCUCUCCCCACGGAGCCCCCGUACACGGCUUUCAUUGGUAACUUGGCCUUUGACAUCACCGAAGGCGAGCUCGAGGAAUUCUUCGGCCCGGUCCAGGGACGAUCGCCCCAAGGCUUUGGGUACAUUGAAUUUGCAGAGUUGGACGGCUUGAAGGAUGCUCUGGCAAAGUCUGGUUCGAGCUUUGCAGGCCGUACCGUCAGAGUCAGCGUUGCCGAGCCCCCCAAGGAACGCUCCGGCUUUGGUGGCAGCGGUGACCUUUCCUCUCGCGAUGGGUCUCGCAGACGGUUCGAUGGCCCUCCUGGGCCGCGCGACCGCGAGCCAGCCCCACCUUCUGUCUCCGAGACGACCUCUGACUGGCGUUCGGCCGCCCGCGGGCCGGUCCGGGGACCCAGCCCUCCGCGCUUCGCGAGCCGGUCGUUCCAGCCGAGCGCAGCGCCCCCAGAGGGCCCCGGCAGCAGGUUCGGAAGCUCGCGCGGCAGGGGCGACAUGGGUCCACCCGCGCAGAGUCCGCCAGACGAUGGCGAGUGGCGGCGACCAAGCGCGAUCUCGCGCAACAGCACUUCACCGAGCGGCUCGACACCGCCGACCCCUCAGAUGGGCCGCCGCAAGCUGGAACUGCUGCCGCGCACGGGCGGACCCUCAGCCACCGCUUCCCCCUCGCAUCGCCCAACCCUGCCAACGCCGCGAGCGCCCCGCGUUCAAAUCCCUUUGGCGCCGCAAGAGCACGAAGUCGAGCAGCGCCUCGAGAAGGAAAAGGAGGCCGUCAAGGAACGCACGAUGCACACGAUGUCACGGACAUCCUCGCGGCAGGCGCCCGACGCCGCCGCCUCCGCCAUGACGAGUCCCGUCUCGCCGAGCGCAGAGUCCCACAAGUCCCUUCCGAGGAACACCGCCGAAGCGAGCAUCCGACCCAGCUUCAGCUUUGCGAGCGCUGCUGCAGGUAAGAAGGAUCUCCCAGAGGAGGUCACGGAGGAGAACGGUCUCGGCGAGGUGACGAUCUAAGUCCGGCGCUGCAAGCUGCCCUCCGGCGGCUUGUAUGCAAAAAUGCGGGCUUGAACCCGUCGCUCGUCGUUCGCGCGCGCACGUCCUUCCCUCUAUUAAAUGAUGUCCUCGUGCGCUUUGCUCGUCUGUUUGCUUUCCAGGUCUGUGUUCGCGUUAAUGUCUGUCGUCAUGUUUGCCCCGCAGUACACUGAUUGGGAUACUGUUCCACGGUCGCUUAGGCACCGUUUGCUCACCUUACCUACUCGUUAUGCCUAUUGUGUGACCAUAGUUGCUUAGAGUAGAGUGUAUACCAAAUCACAGCCAGAUCAUGUCAACACGUCGGUGACCCGGAGCUCGCAGAAUACUGAUUACUGCCAGAACGAAGUAUUUAUGCAGUCAAAGUCACCGACCAUGUUUUCCAC